AUGAAGAGAGAAGACAACAUCCAGCCGCCAAAAAAGCAACCAACUGCCAGACAAUUGGAGGAAAUCGAAAGAUUUGCUCUACUAAACACCAAGGCUGACAAUUUUACCGAGUGCGAUUUUGGCUACCUACCGCUAAUUGUUAAUUAUAAAGAGGAAAAUAAACGUAAAUUUUUAAGUCUUGCUAGGGAUAAGCCAACGGCCGAAGAUGAAGUUUGGAUUAGGGGUAGAUUAAACGACACAAGAGGAAAGGGUUCAUUGUCAUUCAUAGUAAUCAGACAGUAUGGUGAGACAAUACAAUGUGUGCUAGAUGCUAAGAAUCCGCCAAUAACUAAAAAUACAAUCAAAUGGGUCAAUUCUGUACCGCCAGAGUCUAUAAUAGAUGUGUUUGGCAUAGUGAGAAUACCAAAUAUACCAAUUGAGUCUACCACUAUAAAAUAUGAGAUAUCAGUGCGUAAAAUUUUUUGUGUUUCAAAAGCGGCAAAUGAACUUCCAUUCCAAUUGUUUGAUGCCAAUAAACCUGAAGCAGAUGAGUCUGACCCAGAUAUUAUAAGAGUAAAUCCCGAUACGAGACUUGAUAACCGGAUUUUAGAUUUAAGAACAAAUCUUUCUCAAUCUGUAUUCAGAAUUCAAUCUGCGUGUGUCAAUUUGUUUAGGACCUAUCUGUUGGACAAUGAAUUUAUUGAAAUUCACACCCCAAAAUUACUUUCUGGCAAUUCUGAGGGCGGAUCUUCCGUCUUUACCCUUAAAUAUUUCAAUAGAGAUGCUUGUUUGGCUCAAUCUCCACAACUUUACAAGCAAAUGGCCGUUAUGGGAGAUUUCUCCAGGGUAUUUGAAAUAGGUCCAGUGUUUAGAGCGGAAAACAGUAAUACACAUAGACACCUAUGCGAGUUUACAGGACUUGACCUGGAAAUGUCUAUAUAUGAGGAUUACAACGAAAUAAUUGAUUUGGUUGAUCAGAUGUUCAAAUAUAUAUUUACUGGAUUACAAAAUAAGUGUACUAAGGAGCUGGAAUCGGUUAAGAAAUUGUAUCCAAACAUCAAGCCCUUUGAGUUUAUCAAUAACACCCCCAAAUUUCAUUUUAACGAGGCUGUGGCCAUACUAAAUGAAGAAGGAGUAAAAGUUGAGGAUGAUUUCAGCACUGAACAGGAAAGGCAAUUUGGAAAGAUUGUGAAACAAAAAUACAAUACGGAUUACUACAUAAUACACUCCUACCCUGAUACAGCCAGACCAUUUUAUACAAUGCCCAAGGAAAAUAUUGCCUUGGGCACUAACUCUUUUGAUUUUUUUAUGCGUGGAGAAGAGAUACUUAGCGGAGCACAGCGUAUUCACGAUCCAUUUAUGCUAAUUGAACGGAUUAAGGAGAAGGGUAUUGACCCUGAAACAGUUACGGCUUACAUUGAUGCUUUUAAACUUGGCGCUUAUCCCCAUGGAGGGUGUGGGAUUGGAUUGGAACGUCUAGUAAUGCUUUACUUAGGCAUUGGUAAUGUGAGGAAGACUUGUAUGUUUCCCAGGGAUCCAAAACGUUUGACGCCUUAA